GAUAUUCAUUUAUUUGGCAUUGGAUUAUGGUGCAGUUGUUUACAUUUAUUGUUCUUGGCAUCACAUGAUAUUUUUAACAUAAUUUUUCCCCUAAAACUAAACAUUUCUUAUGUACAUGAUCAAUUAUUUAGUGUCUUUUUCACUUAUCAUGAAAGUCAUUAUUACGAAAAUUCAAUACUAAAACAUAAUGGCUUUUUCUACGCUCACUGUAGUAAAAACAAAUGAUGUAACUGUACUUGAUGAUGAGAACGAUAAAUAUGAAGGCAAAUCAGUUAUUAUUCAAUAUCCCGGUUAUCGUAUAUUAAUUAUAGACACUGGAUUAUUAGAAAGACAUAGAAAACCAAAUAUUUUAUCUACAAUUGAUGUCAUCAUUGUAUUACAAUGGAAUUCAACUGUUCAAUUAUCAUUAAAUAGCUUGUUCAAUGAAAUUGCUAGUGAACAAUUCAUAUUUGAAAAGUGUACAUGUUUAAUUCUACCAACGAUAUGUCAAUUGAAACAUAUUCAAUUCAAUUCACUUCAACAUAAGUUAAUAAAAUCUUCAUUGAUCAAAAAUGAUGAAAUUAAAGAAAUGAUCUGGUUACACAUUGCAUUGAAAUUAGGCGUAACUGUUUUACAAGUAUGUAAUGGAAAUAAAUUUUGGACAAGAUUUCAACAUACACGAUCAAUGAGUUCAUCUGUAAGUGAAAAACUACACCUUACCCUAUAUAAUAAUAAUCAAUCAAUACAGAAAACAAAUUGUAAUAGUGAAUUUUUAAAACGAAAUGUAUUAUUAUAUGAAAAAUUUGGAGUAGGGAAAUUGAAAAUAUUACCUAUCUCAACUGGAUGUGUUGCUAAUCAUGGCUUAUCUUAUAGUGUAUUGUUUACAUGGAUCCCUUAUGAAGUAGAACUGUCCAACAUAACAGAACAUCAUAAGAAUUAUGCCAAAGUAUUUUUCUACUCAGUAACAUUAGAUUCAAAAAAAGGAUAUGAUUCUGUCAAUGAAAAGCAAUUAGUUCCCCAUCAAAUUGAAACUGAGCAAAAGUUAAAUAAUGAAUCUGUUACAAUUACAAAAUCACUUGUACAACAAUUGAUACGAUAUGUUGGAAUGAAUUGUCCAAUUAAUAAGACAGGAAUUACUGAACACGAUGUGACUUAUUCUCAGUCGAAAAUAACUCGGUCAAAAACAUUCACCUCAGGCUUAAAUCCACCAAAACGUACAACUUAUACAAACGGAGUACGUUCAACAACCAAUCCAAUUUUAAGGAAAAGUCGUGAACAGAAAUAUGAAAAUGAUGUGGCUAAGUCUCCUGAAGAUAAUCAUAAGCAAAAAAGUGGAAUUAAACAAGUUACAUUCAGCGGAACGGUUAAUUAUGUUCCAACUGAAGAUUUUGUUAAAAAAGUCACAAUGAAGUCAUCCGUAAAUGUCAAUCAAUCAGUAAUACCGGAAGCACUACCAUCGCCAAUAGUAAAGGGAAUAUCAACAAAAAAACCAUUAUUACCACAAACAACAGUAGUUAAUACUAAUACUACUAAUACUUCUAUUACUACGAAUAUUUCUGAAAAUUCUUUUAUUGUACCAAAUGAGAAAAACGAUAGCGCAUUGUUUGUCCAAUCUAACGAAGAAUGUUCUUUUGAAGAGGAAACAGAGACUCCACUAACCAAAUCGGCUUCAUGCCCUAAUCAACUGGCACAGCAAACAUUAAAUAAUCAUUCUAGACCUACAUCAUUAUUUGAAAAGGAUUCCGACUAUCAAUAUUAUUACUACUAUAAUAAUGAUCAAAAAUAUGAAAGAUUUCCAUUAUCAGCCACUGUAUUAUUAGCUAUACCUGAAGGUGGUGAAAAUGACUACUAUGCUGAUUCCCCACAAUGUAUAACAGUUAAAGAACUAAAAGAAUUAGGAUUAUAUGCUAGUGAAGAGGACGAUGAUGACGAAGAUGAAGAUGAUGAGGAUGAAAGUAACAGGAAUGAAGACAGAAAUGAAAACGAUACAGGAAGAAAUGUGUGUGAAUUAGAUAAUACAUUAUCAGAUGAUGGAACUAAUAGUUCUAGUUUCAUCAGUGAAACUGUAUCCGAUUUUAGUGAAAUACACAUUCCAAAAAAUAUCAGUCUAACACAUCACGAAGAAGUAAUGAUUUCAUAAUUACAUAUCUCUCAUAGUUUCGAAUAGCUUUACAAAAUUAUCAUCUUUUCAUAUUAUAGUACACAAUAUACAUCGUUUUGCGCAGCUCUACAUGUUAGUAUUUCAGUCAUACAUAUUAGAUUUCUUUUAUUUCAAAUAUUUAUUUUUAACUACUUUUUAUUAUUGUAGUAGUUUAUAUAUUUUUCAAAAAGUUAAUUUUAUUCUGUAUUAUCACAUUUGUUAAUAAUUAAAUUAAAUGAUUAAUGCAUU